AUGAGACAGCAUGCCCUGACCGGACUCGGUCUCCUCCAGGCCGCCUCUGGCGUCGCCGGGUAUGUGUGGCCAUCGCAGACUGACUAUCUGGAAGAUCUCAUGAUGCUGCAUUCUGGCUAUAUCAGGUUCGGCUUCAUAGACUCCGUCAACCCGUGUUCCUUCGGCACAAACGUCGCCGGCCGCCAGAACGCAGCCGAGUGGAUUCGGACCGCAUACCACGACAUGUCGACCCACGACGCAGCCGCUGGAACAGGCGGCGUAGAUGCGUCCAUCAUGUUCGAGUUAGAGCGCCCCGAGAACAUUGGCGAUGCCUUCAACAACACCUUCGGCUUCCUGAGCGGCUUCUACUCGACUCAAGCCUCUGCGUCGGAUCUGAUAGCCCUGGCUGUGGUCACGGCGGCUUACGCGUGUAAUGGCCCAGACAUCCCAUUCCGCGCUGGUCGGAUAGAUGCAACAGAAGCAGGCCCGUCGGGUGUGCCCAAGCCUGAGCAAGAUCUCGCGACGCACACCAGCAUUUUCGCAACGGCCGGUUUCAACACGACCGACAUGAUCACCAUGGUAGCCUGUGGACACACACUCGGUGGCGUCCACGGCGAGUUCUUCCCCCAAAUCACAGGCAACUCCUCUGUGGGCCAAAAGUCGCGUUUCGAGGGCGACAGCAACGAGUCCUACGCCGAGUUCGACAAUGUGGUCGUGACGGAUUACCUCGAGGGCGGGAGGGAGAAUGUGCUCGUGGCCGGUUCCAAUGAGACCACCAACUCCGACAAGCGCGUCUUCGGCGCAGAUGGCAACGUGACCAUGAAUGCUCUAGCAGAUCCCGCCGUGUACCAGGCCAAGUGCGCGAAUAUACUGGAGAGAAUGAUCAAUACGGUGCCCGCGACGGUGACUCUAGGCGACGCUAUUCAGCCUAUCGACAUCAAGCCCUACGUGAGCACGAUGGGCCUCAACAGUAAUGGUACCAUCGACUUUGAAGGACGCAUUCGGGUGCGCACAUCCACGGCAACGGGAAGAGACAGCGAUGACCUGGCGGUACACAUGACUUAUGCCGAGCGCGACGGCACCAACGCUUCGAGUGUCAUCACCACCACACAUCCUACCUACGAGGCCGGCAGCUCGUUCGGCCUGUACAAAGAGAGCUUCACUUGGUUCGAGUUUGCCGCGCAGCUGGAUCCGACCGCGGGAAUCAGCAAGUUCAACGUCCACCUCUCGACUCCAUCCACCGGGGUGGCAGUCGUCUUUGACAAUGAAGGGAACGGGUUUCCUCUCGACGAUUCAGUGCUGUAUCAGCAGCCGCAGUCCUGUCUGAAUACCACGCAAGUCGACGGGAACAUGAAUCUUACAGUGUCGGCUGCCGUAAGGAAGAAUCGGGUUAGCGAAUCGCUUAUGUUGGACCUGGUGCGCAGGGUCCCGCGUCAAGGACUUGUACUCCCCGCACUGGAUGUACAACCAUUAGCUUUCGAGAAGACGGAGACCGAAAAGGCAGGAUACGUACUUUUCACGGCUCAGACGUCGAUUGCUGCGCAGAGCUGGAGCACAUCGUUCGAUGUGGUCCUAGGAGACGGCAAUGGACAGAGCAUUGUCGAGUACCAGAAGACGAGUCUGCUCACUUCUGAUCCCUGCGUGGCGCUGUAG